UUUUUGCUUGAAUAUACUUCAAUAGUUCGGGUCUGUGUGCAUCCAAAUCCAAAAAGGUUGUUGCUUAUCACACUCUCUGAAAUGAAAGCUGCUUGGUAUAGCCUCUGUUAUGAGCCACAUAGUGAAAAUUAAUCGCAGCUGGCAAAUGUUUACUUUGCUCACCUCAGUAAUCUGGAGGACAAUGAUAAAUGUUUUGACAUCAAAACAAGUUGGGAGUCAAGCAACUUUUCAAAUAUCCAAUUAGGUCACAAGAUGCAGAACUUUGCUCGAUGAUCCCAGUGAAAUUCAUUUCAUAGGGGUUCCAUACACAGAUUGCAACGAGUGAACCGGUGGAAGAGCAAACUGACGGCGCGGUGUGUUACAAGUGAGUCAAAGACUGAAGAAUGUCAUCUAUUAAUGAGUAAACCACUGUAGGGAUGUUUUUUUUGGAAGGGUCACGGAAGUUUGUCACUCAUUAAUUCUAAUACACAUUGUGGGAGAUCACCACUUGGGUCCCAUCUACAUUUGAAGAAUGCACAAAAGAGUAUGUGCAGCAGCGUAGAUAAGAGAAUGAGUGAAAUAAAUGACCUUUUCUGACGAGAGCCACUGUUGACUUUCUCAUGUUUACAUUUAAUAAAUGAAGCCGCGGGAAGGAAGUCUUCAUUUAUCUCCAGUGGCAGGAUUUGUGGACCCCUUCACGUAACUGUCCAACGUUUUCAUACACGCGCACGCACGCACGCACGCACGCACGCGGGUUUAUGUUAAUGAGGACCCCGAGUGCGUCGCAGGAGCCAUUUUCACCAUUCAAGCGGAGUUGCGCUGGCGGUCAGGAUGUACGAGUGAGCUCCUCGGCGUGUGUGAAUGUGUUUGUGUGUACGCUUGUGUGAAAGAGUCCGUCCUGCAAAGGCUCUACCUUUACCUUGAAAAUACCAUUCAGAAUAAAAAGGCACCCGGAUUGAGAAGUGCGCCCGCCGCGAGAGAGCAUGGGCUCCUCCGCAACAAAAGAAAAGUCACUGGUGGAAAGUUUAAGGAGCGACACGUUUUGAACUCCUCACUUCGAACCCUUGGAUGCACAUCGAGGAGCGAUGCACUUCGUUCAGUUGGAUUUUCUCCUUCUUUGCUGUUGGUGGGGGCUGGUUCCGCUGGUGUCCAGUUACGUGGUUCACCUCAGCGAGGAUGCCCGACCGAGGACGGUGCUGGCCGGCGUGGAACAGCGCGCUCGGUGCGCACUGGAUCAGGUGCUCGCUCCUAGAGCAACCGAACGCUUCCUGGACACCGACCCCGCGACGGGAACCGUGUUUCUUUCGGAUUCCAUAAAGUGCGCCUCGGUGCGCUCCAACCCGUUUACGCUUUUCACCGUGUCGGACUGCGUGGACUCCGUGGGUUCCGACUACCGGCAUCUCAUCACUAGCCGCUAUGAUGUUCACAUCCACGGAAGAAACUGCUCCAAAAAGCCCACAAGGAAAACAGAGUGGGACAUGGAAGUGCUCAGUUUGUGUGUUAAGCCGGCACAGUGCCACCAAGCAGGUUUUGGUUUAUUUACAGUGAGGGGGCUGCUACCUGGAGUGCCCAUCCGCUGCCGGGUCACCAGCCGGGGUCCCUUCUACUUCUCCGAUGGGGACUUGUUUGUGUCUAAGACUCUGUGCUGGAGCCAGGAGACCCUCCUGGAGCUGGACCUGCUCUGCGAUGUCCUGGUCGGAGACGGAUCCACACGAGUCGACCCCAUCUUCAUCCACUGGCGCGUGGGAGAAGGCCCCUUUCUUCAGGGCCACAUCAAGAAGCUGCUAGAAAAGGCAGCUCGCUCCAACUUGGGGAUUGUUGGCAGGAGGAGAAGAAGCAUCAACAGCAGCCCUCAAUUUCAGCCCCCAAUGUACCAGGUGUCCGUGGCAGAGAACAAGCCAGCUGGAACUUCUGUUGUUGUUUUGAAAGCAAUAGAUGCAGAUGAGGGUGAAGCGGGGCGGCUGGAGUAUUUCAUCGAGGCUCUCUUUGACAGCCGAUCUAAUAACCUUUUUGCUGUGGAUCCGGCCAGCGGCGCCGUGUCCACGGUGGAGUUGUUGGACCGCGAGACGAAAGAAACCCACGUGUUCCGCGUAACCGCUGUGGACCACGGAACCCCUCGGCGCACGGCCAUGGCCACACUCACCAUUACAGUCAGUGACGCUAAUGACCACGAUCCCAUUUUUGAGCAGCAGGACUAUAAGGAAAGCAUCAGAGAGAAUCUAGAGAUCGGCUAUGAAGUAUUGACGGUAAGGGCCACUGAUGGGGACGCGCCAGUUAACGGUAACAUCCUUUAUCAAAUUCUUAAUAAUAAUGGGUCAAAUGAUGUGUUUGAGAUUGACCCCAGGUCUGGUGUUAUUCGCACCAAAGGCCUCGUAGACAGGGAAGCGGUGGAUGCGUAUUUGCUGUUAGUCCAGGCAAAUGACCAAGGCCGUGACCCCGGGCCCCGCAGUGCGACAGCUACUGUAUACAUUGUGGUAGAGGAUGACAAUGACAACGCUCCCCAAUUUAGUGAGAAACGCUAUGUGGUCCAGGUACUUGAGGACUUGGCCCCAAAUACUGAGAUCCUGCAAGUGACCGCCACAGAUCAGGACAAAGGGAGCAAUGCCAUCGUCCACUUCAGCAUCAUGAGUGGUAACUCCAGGGGGCAGUUUUAUAUUGAUGCCCAGACAGGUAAAAUGGACCUGGUGAGUCACCUGGAUUAUGAGGCAAGCAAAGAAUACACCUUAAGAAUCCGAGCUCAGGACGGGGGCCGCCCCCCUCUUUCCAACAUCAGCGGUCUGGUCACGGUGCAGGUGAUGGAUGUUAAUGACAACGCCCCCAUUUUUGUCAGCACCCCUUUCCAGGCUACCGUGUUGGAGAACGUGCCACUAGGCUACUCCAUCAUCCACAUCCAAGCCGUGGAUGCGGACUCUGGCGACAACUCCAGGCUGGACUAUCGUCUCACUGAAACCAUGCCAAACUUCCCUUUCACCAUCAACAACAGCACAGGGUGGAUCAUAGUGGCGGCCGAACUGGACCGAGAGAGUGUCGAUUUCUACAACUUUGGGGUGGAGGCCCGAGAUCACGGCUACCCUGCCAUGUCCUCUUCCGCCAGCAUUAGCAUGACCAUUCUCGACGUCAACGACAACAACCCAGAGUUCACCCAGAAGGCGUACUACAUGCGAUUGAAUGAGGAUGCGGCUGUAGGGACCAGCGUGGUGACGGUGUCCGCCGUGGACCAGGACAUCAACAGCGUGGUGACGUACCAGAUAUCCAGCGGAAACACUCGCAACAGGUUCUCCAUCACAAGUCAGAGCGGAGGUGGUCUUAUCACACUGGCGCUACCUUUGGACUAUAAACUAGAGCGCCAGUAUGUCCUGACCGUGACUGCGAGCGACGGUACGCUCUUUGACACGGCUAAAGUGUUUGUCAACGUCACCGAUGCCAACACGCACAGGCCUGUGUUUCAGAGCUCCCACUACACGGUCAACAUCAAUGAGGACAGACCGACGGGCACCACGGUUGUCCUUAUAAGUGCCACCGAUGAAGACACGGGAGAGAACGCCCGCAUCACCUAUUAUAUGGACGACAGCAUCCCUCAGUUUGACAUUGAUCCUGACACGGGGGCCGUCACGACGCAGAUGGAACUGGACUACGAGGACCAGGUGUCCUACACACUGGCCAUCACUGCCCGCGACAACGGCAUCCCGCAGAAGUCGGACACCACCUACCUGGAGAUUCUGGUGAACGACGUGAAUGACAACUCGCCACGCUUCCUCAGAGACAACUACUUGGGCUCCGUGAUGGAGGACGUGGCAGUGUUCACCAGCGUGGUCCAGGUGUCCGCCACGGAUCGAGACUCUGGGCUCAACGGCCGCGUCUUCUACACCUUCCUGGGUGGUGAGGAUGGUGAAGGGGACUUCAUAAUCGAAUCCACAUCAGGUAUUGUUCGCACGCUACGUCGAUUGGAUCGAGAAAAUGUGCCUGUUUACAGACUGCAGGCCUUUGCCGUGGACAAAGGUGUUCCAUCUUUGAAAACGCCAAUAAGCAUCCAAGUGACGAUUCUUGACGUGAAUGACAACCCUCCUGUGUUUGAGAAAGAUGAGUUUGACAUUAUGGUAGAUGAAAACACCCCCAUUGGCCUUGUGGUGGCACUUAUAUCAGCAACAGACCCAGAUGAAGGCAGUAAUGCACAGAUCAUGUACCAGAUCGUGGAAGGGAACAUCCCAGAGAUGUUCCAGCUUGAUAUCUUCUCAGGAGAACUGACGUCGCUAAUAGACCUGGACUAUGAGAUGAGGUCUGAGUACAUCAUCGUGGUCCAGGCCACCUCCGCCCCUUUGGUCAGCCGCGCCACAGUCCACAUCAAACUGGUGGACAAGAACGACAACGUGCCUGUGCUCAAAAACUUCCAGAUCAUCUUCAACAACUACGUGACGGACAAAUCCAGCAGCUUCCCGGCCGGAGUGAUCGGCCGCAUCCCCGCCCACGACCCGGACGUUUCGGACCGGCUCCACUACAGCUUUAAGGUUGGCAACGAAUUGAACCUUGUGCUACUGAACCAAACAACCGGGGAGAUCCAGCUGAGCCAGGCCCUGGAUAACAACCGUCCCCUGGAGGCCUCCAUGAGAAUCUCAGUGUCAGAUGGCGUACACUCCGUGUCAGCCCAGUGCCUUCUUCAGGUCACAAUCAUCACAGAUGAGAUGUUGUCCAACAGCAUCACGCUGAGGCUCGCCAACACCUCUCAGGAGCACUUCCUUUCCCUGCUGCUUACUCAGUUCCUGGACGGUGUGGCCCGCGUGCUCUCUGCAGCCCCCGAAGACGUCGUCAUCUUUAACAUUCAGGACGACACCGACGUCAGCGCCCGCAUCCUCAACGUCAGCCUGUCCGUGGCCGUGCCAGGCGACGCCGCCCAGCGUCUUCCGGUGCUCGGCGAGCACGGAGAAGACGGUACCGGGAGAGGGGCCGAAGGCGGAGGGUCGGAGUUUUUCGGCUCCGAGGAGCUCCAGGAGAGGCUGUACCUGAACCGCAGUCUUCUGGCUCAGAUCUCCUCCCAGGAAGUUCUGCCUUUUGAUGACAACAUUUGCCUGCGCGAGCCCUGUGAGAACUACAUGAAGUGCGUGUCCGUGCUCAAGUUCGACAGCCUGGCCCCCUUCGUGGCAUCCGACACCAUCCUGUUCAGGCCCAUCCACCCCAUUGCCGGCCUGCGCUGCCGCUGUCCCGCCGGUUUCACGGGAGACUACUGCGAGACCGAGAUCGACUUGUGCUACUCCAAACCCUGUGGCGUUCACGGUGUGUGUCGCAGCAGAGAGGGAGGCUUCACCUGCGAGUGCACGGACGACUACACAGGUGAGCGUUGUGAGCUGUCGUCACGCUCCGGCCGUUGUGCUGCGGGAGUCUGCAAGAAUACCGGCGUGUGCGUGAACCUCCUGGUGGGCGGGUUCAAGUGCGAAUGUCCGUCGGGCGGCUACGAGAAGCCUUACUGCGAGAUGACCACCCGCAACUUCCCCCCAAACUCCUUCCUCACCUUUAAGGGUCUCCGCCAACGCUUCCAUUUCACCGUUUCGCUCACAUUUGCCACGAAAGAGCCCAACGGUUUAUUGCUGUACAACGGCCGCUUCAAUGAGAAACACGACUUCAUUGCCAUGGAAAUCAUCAAUGAACAGAUUCAAGUCACUUUUUCUGCAGGUGAAACAAAGACCACCGUUUCACCUUUUAUUGUUGGCGGGGUGAGCGACGGUCAGUGGCAUGUGGUGGAGGUCCACUACUACAACAAGCCCAUUGUAAACCAGGCCGGCCUGCCACAGGGUCCCUCCGACCAGAAGGUGGUGGUGGUGACUGUGGACAACUGCGACAACCCUGUGGCUCUGAGAUUCGGUCACGUGAUUGGAAACUACACCUGCUCCGCACAGGGAAGCCAAUCGGGGAGCAAAAAAUCACUGGACCUGACCGGCCCGCUGCUCCUCGGAGGGGUCCCUAAACUCCCAGAAGACUUUCCUGUCCGAAACCACCAAUUCGUGGGCUGCAUGAAGAAUCUGCGUGUAGACAACCAACGCGUCGACAUGGCCGGCUACAUCGCUAACAACGGCACGCUGCCCGGAUGUUCCGCCAAAAGACACUUCUGCACCAACAACCCGUGUCUGAAUGGAGGGACCUGUGUCAACCUGUGGGGCUCCUUCAGCUGCAACUGCCCGCUCGGAUUCGGGGGAAGAAAUUGUGAAAGAGUGAUGGCCAACCCGCAGCGUUUCCUGGGCAACAGCCUGUUGCAAUGGAACAACCUGGCGACAGCGACCUCCGUGCCAUGGCACGUGGAGCUGAUGCUGCGCACCCGUCAAGCCGGCGCCAUGCUGCUGCACAUCUCUUCCGGACUGCGGCACAAUCUCACGCUGCAGCUGCGUGGCGGAAGUGUGCUGAUGGGACUGCACAGGGGGGAGGACUCCACGCUGUCCCGAGUGGAGGAGGUGCUGGUAAACGACGGCGACUGGCAUCAUUUGCAACUGGAUAUCAGCAGUUUGGGCGGGCCGGCGGGCCAUCAUAAAGCCGUUCUGUCAGUAGACCACGGACUCUACCUGGCCAGUAUGCAGGUGGAUGGGGAGUUGCAGGAGUCCAAGCUGAAGGCUGUGAGUGUUGGAGGUUUAAUGAUGCCUGAUGGGAAAAUUCGGCAUGGCUUCCGUGGUUGCAUACAAGGUCUGCGGGUUGGUGGCGCUCUGAGUCUGAGUCAAGCCAGGAAGGUCAACGUGGAGGUGGGCUGCAACGUGCCCGACCCCUGCGGCUCCAACCCGUGUCCCGCCAACAGCUACUGCAGCGACGACUGGGACAGCUACUCGUGCACAUGUCGUCCCGGUUACUACGGCACCAACUGCACGGAUGCGUGCACGCUCAACCUGUGCGAGCACGAGUCCACGUGCACCAGGAAGACCAGCUCCUCCCGCGGUUACACAUGUGAUUGUCCACACAACUACUUUGGCGAUUACUGCGAUAAAAAGACUGACCUGCCCUGUCCCCGAGGUUGGUGGGGUCACAAGACCUGCGGGCCAUGUCACUGUCCCAUUGAACGCGGGUUUGAUUUGGACUGUAACAAGACCAGUGGAGAGUGUCGCUGUAAGGACAAUCACUACCGUCCCGAAGGCAGCAACACAUGCCUGCUGUGUGACUGCUACCCGGUGGGCUCCUUUUCCAGAACAUGCGAGCGCGAGAGCGGUCAGUGCCAGUGUAAAUCAGGCGUGAUCGGACGUCAGUGCAACCGCUGCGACAACCCCUUCGCCGAGGUUUCUGCUAACGGCUGCGAAGUCAUCUAUGACAGCUGCCCUCAGGCCAUCCAGGCUGGAAUCUGGUGGCCCCGGACCAAGUUUGGGCUCCCUGCAGCAGUACCCUGCCCCAAGGGGACUCUGGGCACGGCCAUUCGCCACUGUGACGAGCACAAGGGCUGGCUGCCUCCUAAUCUCUUCAACUGCACAUCGGUCACCUUCAGCCAGCUGAGAGUGCUGUCUGAAAGGUUUUCCCAUAAUGCUUCCCUGCUGGACCCGGCCCGCGUCCAACAGACAGCGGCCAUGUUGGCCAACGCCACAUUACACACAGAGAAGUACUAUGGCAGCGAUGUGAAAGUGGCCUAUGGACUUACUCAGAGGCUACUGCAUCAUGAGAGCAAGCAGCAAGGCUUCAACCUCACGGCCACGCAGGACGUCCACUUCACCGAGAAUCUGGUCCGCGUGGGCAGUGCCAUCCUUUCUCCAGAAACGCGUCCACACUGGGAGCUCAUACAGCACACGGAGGGCGGCACGGCAUCGCUGCUGCGCCGCUACGAGGAAUAUGCCAACACUCUGGCGCAGAAUAUGAGGAAGACCUACCUCAGCCCCUUUACCAUCGUCACACCAAAUAUUGUCAUCUCAGUGGACCGUCUGAAAAAGAUGAAUUUCGCCGGGGCGAAACUUCCGCGGUACCAGUCCCUUAGGGGCCCCCGCCCCGCCGACCAGGAGACCACCGUCACUCUUCCCGACUCGGUUUUCCAGCCGCCUGUGGACACCAAAGGCCACAGGAACCUGGAAGUUUUUCCAGAAUCUUCGCUGAGGAACCGCUCCGCCAACAGGAAGCGACGCCAUCCCGACGACAACCAGCCGGACGCCGUCGCCAGCGUGAUCAUCUUCCACAGUCUGGCGUCUCUUCUACCUGAGAGCUACGACCCUGACAAGAGAAGUCUCCGUGUGCCAAAGCGUCCGGUAAUCAACACCCCGGUGGUGAGCAUCACCGUUCACGACAACGACGAGCUGCUGCAGCACCCGCUUGACAAACCCAUCACCGUGCAAUUCCGCCUGGUCACCACCGAAGAGCGCUCUAAACCCAUCUGCGUCUUCUGGAACCACACCAUACUAGCUGGAACGGGCGGCUGGUCAGCAAAGGGAUGUGAGGUGGUCUUUCGAAACAACACUCACAUAAGCUGUCAGUGCUAUCACAUGACAAGCUUCGCUGUGCUCAUGGACAUCUCCAGGAGAGAGAACGGUGAGAUCCUGCCCAUUAAAAUCCUCUCGUGGAGCACCGUUGGAGUCACCCUUGGCUUCCUCUUCCUCACCGCCGUCUUCCUCCUGUGUCUGCGAGCCAUGCAGUGCAACAAGACCAGCAUCAUGAACAACGGCACCACCGCCCUCUUCCUCUCCGAGCUCGUCUUCAUCCUGGGGAUCAACCAGGCUGACAAUCCAUUUUUGUGCACGGUCAUCGCCAUCCUGCUGCACUUCUUCUACCUGUGCACGUUCUCGUGGCUUUUCCUGGAGGGUCUGCACGUGUACCGAAUGCUCAGUGAAGUUCGAGACAUCAACUAUGGGCCCAUGAGGUUCUACUAUCUGAUUGGCUGGGGAGUACCUGCCUUCAUCACAGGUUUGGCGGUGGGAUUGGACCCUGAAGGCUACGGCAACCCAGACUUCUGCUGGCUGUCCAUGUAUGACACCCUCAUCUGGAGCUUUGCUGGCCCCAUCGCUAUGGUGGUGUCGAUGAACGUCUUCCUGUACAUCUUGUCAUCCAGAGCAUCUUGCGCACUGAGACGCCAAAGCUUGGAGAAGGGACCUCAAGUGUCGGGCCUGAAGACCGCAGGCGCUGUCCUCUUCCUGGUCUCAGUCACUUGCUUCCUGGCUUUGCUGUCUGUCAACAGCGAUAUGAUCAUCUUCCAUUACCUGUUUGCCGGCUUCAACUGUGUGCAGGGUCCUUUCAUCUUCUUCUUCCGCAUCGUGUUCAAUAAAGACGCAAGGAAUGCCAUGAAGUACUGCUGUGGACACAAACAUCCCGAUCACAUGCUCAAAUCCAAAUCAUCAGGCUACAAAUACAACACCAACUACACGGACGGCAAGUUGUACCAUCUUCCCUUUGGUGAGUCCAGCGUAUCUCUGAACGGCACCAUGCAGAGUGUCAAGAGUCAGCACAGCUACGUGCCUUUCGUCCUGAGGGACGACGGCCUGUGCACCAGCCAAUCGCACAUUGCCCUCAACGACCACACGUCGCUCUUCCAUAAAACCAACGAGCAUGAGAAUGACGACCGUGACAGCGACUCAGACAGCGACCUGUCCCUGGAAGACGACCAAAGCGGCUCCUACGCUUCUACGCACUCCUCUGACAGCGAGGACGAGGAAGGUCCCCUUCGUCCUGAGGAAUGCUGGGAAAACUUGGCGUCCAGUGGAGCUAAACGGCCUCCAGCGCACGACAGUCGACUAUAUUGGCCUGCAGCAGUGAAUGAUGGAGAUCUCAAAGAUGCUGACAAGCUCAAGAUGAAUCUCGAGUCAUCAGAUGAACGCAUGCACGACACGGUGACGGUACUGCUGCCCUCCAUGCCCAAACUGCAUGCCCACCCCCACAAAGGCAUCUUAAAGAAGAAGCAGCUCUCCCCGAUCAUAGAGAGGAACGGAUUCAACCGCAUCCACAACGAACUGUGCGACGGCGCUGCGGGCUCGGCCUCCCCUCAUGGCUCGGCCUCCCCUCACGGCUCGGCCUGUAGCGAGCGAAUGGCCACCACCGCUAAGGCCAGCCUGCCUGAGCAGUUGAACGGCAUCGCCGUGAGCAUCAAGGCAGGAACGGUGGACGGUGACUCGUCAGGAUCAGACAGCCACUGCAACACCGCCAUGUGAGCACGCUGACCGAGGGGUGUGUCUUUGCAGGUCAUAGAGCCUCCUUCCUCGUCGCUGGAACUUCCCCUUUAAAAAUACUUUUUUUUUUUAUGGAUUCUGAAGGAUGGUGUGUGUGUGUGUGUGUGUGUGUGUGUGUGUGUGUGUGUGUGUGUGUGUGCGUGCAUGAGUGUUGUACAGUACCGAGAACUACAGUGGGCCUAUUCCAUUUUUUUGUCAUAUUGCAGGAUUUAAAAUGUAAUGGCUCCAAUAACAUCUGGCGGGGACAGUAACGGACUGCUGACCCUGAGGUCAAAAAUGUCACUAAACUUCUAUUUCAACCAGUAUCCAUCUGAUAAAAAAAAAAAAAAAAAUCUGCAUUUUCUGGAAUCGUUUCUGCACUUAACUUCAAAAUGAUGUUAAAAAUGGAGUUAGCCCAGUCUUAAGUCAUAAUAGCUCAUUUUCUGUGUGUGUGUGUGUGUGUGUGUGUGUGUGUGUGUGUGUGUGUGUGUGUGUGUGUGUGUGUGUGUGUGCCAAAGCUCAGGCUUGAGCACCGUGACGGAACAUAAGUAUCUCCCUUCAAAUAGAUUUGUGGCAUACUUGAAUUUAAAAAAAUGCACUUUUGGUUUCAUUUGCCGCCCUAAUUUUCUUUCUUUUUUUAAAAUUUUGUACAUUUUUUUUAAUAGUGUACAUCUGUGGAACAAUGAAGCUCGCAAACAUUCAGGGAACAUUCAGCUAAAACAACUUGGUGACAACGGACUGCGCUAAGUUGAUGUCAUCGUGCAUGCGUGCGUGCGUGUCUGUCCAAGCAGCAUCAACAAUCAAGUGAAGGUCAAUUUUUCCAGCCUGUGGUUCAUAUCAACAAGGGCACACAUCUGCUUGUGUAUGUACACCUAAAAAA